UCGCCUUCGAUCAGCACCAAAAGGUUUUUCUUUUUCUUUUUCCUUUUUUUUUUGUAUUUUCUUGAGGAAAUGGUUAUAGUGGCUUAGUCAAGUCACUUUAGAUGGGUUUAAGAUGCACAUUUCUUGCUCACAGGGUUAUGGUUCAAUCAUCAAGGGAUACAUCCUCGAUGGUGUUCUUUUGGGGCCGGCAAGACGAUUGUCAUCCCUUGGAAGGUACCUAAUGCCUUCGCAGAAACCCUUGACCUUCUCAAUGCAUUAAUACAGAUUGUUUAACGGUUAAGGUCUGAGGAAAGGCAACUCCUUUGGAUGUCAAUUUUCCCUAUUUUUCCACAUCUGGCGACCUCAUUUCAAUACGGUGGUCUAAAUACCUGUUUAUGACUAGUGGAGCUAUGAUUCGGCUGAAUAAUGUAUCCUACUUAGCAAUUUUAUCUUCCAUUUAAGUGCCAACGGGGGCCACAUUAACUCCCAAGCUACUUGUGAAUCUGAUGGCACUGAUCAUUUGGCUGCUGGCUUGUGUUACAGUAGAACUGACAAUCUUUUUCUAGUAGAUGUAAUGUGAUUUUGUUUUCAAUUGUAGCAUUUAGAGGCAAGGAAAGACUACAAGUUUUGAGGGAUUCCUUUUGGCAUUCAAGUAGAACUGACAAUCUUUAUCUAGUAGUUCUAUGUUGGAUUAACAAUGAGGAUUAUGGGGGAGUCAUAGUUCAUGAAGAUGCAAUGUGUACUGUUUAUACAAGAUUUAAUCAGCAAUUAUGAUAUUUGCAAGUUCUCUGCAUUUUUAUUUUGGUCUACUUAUACUUCUUCUCUGUCAGCUGCCUGAAGAACGGAAACUAGAUUUGCUAAAGAGCCUUGCAGAAUGUUCACCUCAUACAACACCACAGGAUUCAUGCCAGCUGCUUCCAUCUGUUGUUCGGCUGUUAAUGACUCCUAUUGCCAUGAAUAGUCUGCGCGGUUACAAGAUAGUGACUGGCCAACCAUCUGACAGGCUCGGGGAGGAUUUUUCAGACCAGUACAAGGACUUCACUGAGAGACAAGGCAACAAGGAUCUCCCUUCUUAACAGAGCUGAAGCAGAGACUGCUGCUUCCUUAGGGUGAGGCUGCACUGGCUGGGACUCGAUACAACGUGCCCCUAAUAAACUCCCUUGUGCUUUACGUAGGAAUGCAGGUAACUUCUUUUGCACCGUUCGUGGUUCUUUAUUUAUAUUAUCAUCUCCAGGUUUUCAAAAGAGGACAAAUUUCAAAACUCACUAUUUUAGACAUACCUAGUGCAAGAAGAUUGCUGUGAAGUUUUGUAAUUGAAAGUAAUGCUUCUGAAGUGAUGAAAUACCUGGUAUUGUUUUCCCAUAAGGCCAUGUUUGGAAACCAUGGAUUCCAUGCCUGACAAUGGAAACGGAAAGGGGUUUGCCUUUAAUAUGAUGACUUGUUUUGCUUGGAUGGCAAAGAAAGGAUGGUUUCCACCCAGUAAUAAUUACACUUUUCCAUCCUCAAGAAACUAGCAGAGUAUUUUGAGAGGAGUAUGAGAUUUCCACUUGCUAUCCAAACAAGAACUCAAAAUUGGAAUCCAUGUUUUAAUAGCUCUCUUGGAAAUCAUCAUUGGAUAAUUUAUUUAUUUUUCUUUUCCCCUGGAUUCCAUAUAUCCAAACAUGCCCUAAGUGGUAUUGGUUUUGGAAUUAAAAGAGAUGCUUCUGAACUGAUGAAUUACCCUCUAGUUUUUUUUUUUUUUCACCGAGAACCCCCUUCAAUGAUUUUUCUUUUAAAAAGUUUUUUGAAAUUGAUGAAUAAACUGCAAACAAAGAGAAACAAAGCCCAAAAAGAUCAGUAGAGAUGGGUGACCCAACAACACCCACACACACAUGCACACACACAAAUAAAAUAAGAAGCCCCAAAUCAAAAGGCCACUCCUCCCUAGAACACUAGGAAGGAAUUAUGGCAAAAAAAGAUCAACAGCGAUGGGUGAUCCUCUGGUCACCCUGCCAAGAUUAAAAGACGGCUUAGCCAACACCGGUGAUCUUCUGUCACCCUUCCAAGAUUGAAAGACUGAUAACAUUAAUUUCCAAGAAGUGUCCUCCCUACGUGUUGGCAUCAGAACGAAUCAAAUGUCAUUGUGAAAUAAUGCUAAUUGCAGCAGGAUGUAGCAUCUGUAGCCGGUUGUUAUUAUUAAAUAAGGCUAUGAUAGCGCCGGUCUUUAACCUCAUGCUUAUUUACAUAGUGGCAAUAGUCAAAGAUAUGAUUUUGUAAAAUUGUCAUGGAGCUGUUUCGUUGUACUGGAUUUCCACCUAGAAGAAAACAGAACAUCUUUUGACUCUUUGAGUUUCGGAGCACUGCGGGCU